UGCUUGUGCGGUUUGCUGUGCCCAAUAAUUGCUAGCGUCAGCUACGGCAAAGCCCGUCCUGCUUGCCCGAUGCGUCAAACUCGAUGUAUUUUUCCGAUGACAUGCGUCGGUGCGCGAGUGUGAGAAAGGCAAGCUGAAAAAAUUUGCCGGGAAGUGUGGUCCGCGUUUUUUUGGCUCAAGCAAAAGGACACGAAUCCUGUCGGGCACACCUUGUUACAAAGUAAUCCGUCCCGCACAGGAAGCAGCAUAACGGUGCAGUGUGUCGGAAACAUCCGGAGGAUUGGUAAUAUCGCGCCGAUUAUUGUUUAUUUCACCGUCGGCAAAGCUUGCCCGUGCACCAACGCCUAGACCGGGUGUGUAUGUGUGUAUGUUGUGUGGUGGGUUUUGUUCCGUGUACAGUCUUUUAGCGCAGCGUUCCAUUCCGGGCCGGAAGUUCUCGGGAACUUGAUAGUGUCGGCUUGCCGCUAGUUGGAACCGACCCCGUGUGCGUUGCAUUUUGCAAACGGACGGUGACCGCGUUUGUGUGGUGGUGUGUGCGUGUUCAUCCAGGCGGCAGUAGCGGGCACGGUAGCGGAACCCUUUUUCAAUGUGUUUGUCGUGCCAUUGUGACAGCAAUCAUUUAGUGGCGCGUGCUGGCGAAAAAUAACAAUCAAAACCGGCUCUGUGGUUUUGGAAACAGCGAACGCAAACAUCGCUCCCAGGUGGUUUUGAUAAGUUGCCGUCUCUACGUAUACGCAUACAUACAAAACACACGCAUACGUCGCGCUUUCUUGACGGUGGCAACCACAGUAGGCGGCGAGCAGCAACAUGGGCGCCUACCUUUCCGAACCACUGACGGUGAAGGAUUCGAGCGAUGAGGCCAACGAAUACUUGGCAUGCGGUUCCAGCUCCAUGCAAGGCUGGCGAAUCAGUCAGGAGGAUGCACACAACUGCAUUCUAAGUUUCGAUGAUAAAAGCGCGUUCUUUGCGGUGUACGAUGGGCACGGAGGUGCCGAGGUGGCCCGGUACUGUGCUCUGCAUCUACCCGACUUUCUGAAAACAGUCGAAACGUACGGACAGAAAGACUUCGAGAAAGCGCUGAAGGAUGCGUUCCUCGGACUGGAUGCGACGCUGCUGCGGGAGAAGGUGAUCGAGGAGCUGAAGCUUCUGUCGAACAAAACGAACGACGAGGAAGAGGCCGACGAGGAGGAGGAGGAGGAGGAAGACGACAAUGUGGAGGACCUGUGCAAGGAAGCGGUAAUGCCACUGAACGAGGUGCUACAGAAGUAUCGCAAAGACACGAAACCGGCCGAGGGCGCCAACCAGCGGGUGGUUGCACUCAAGGAGGGCAACUGUUCCAAACCGAUAUCGCCCUAUCUGAAAGGUAAACGGCGCGCUGCUACGUCUGAUGCAGGUGCGGGUUCCAGUGAGAAAAGGCCCGCCGUCGCUGUGGAAGGUGAUGCCGGUUCCGAUGCGGAAGCAGAUCCAGCAGCUGGGACAGAUGACAGUAAGUCGGCCGUACCGAAGGAAGAGAGUACCGGUCCGGAUGCGGCCGAUUCGACUGUCAGUAGCUCGAGCAACAAAACGGUGGAACGUGUAAAAGAAGCGACACCACAGCCGGAACCAUCUUCGUCGUCAUCGUCCACUGUCAAGGUUUCUCCGAGUAAGAGUGAGACGGAUGCCAGUGCUGCCAGUGCGAGCAGGAAAGCUGAGCAAAGCGACGAAAUCAGCGACACGGCUGGUAAUAUUGCUGCGAAAUCGAACAACACUGAUGAGAAGGUGGCUCCGGGUGCCAGCGCAUCUGGUAAGGAUAAUUGUGCCCCUGAUAGCUCAUCCUCGGAUGGAAAUAAGCUGCAGGGAAACAAAUUAAAUGGUGAUGUUGGUAAGGUGGGCUCAUCCGGCGCUGUAUCAUCGUCAUCGUCGUCAUCGUCUGGCACAGCAGGUCAGGAGAAUGGUGUUGCUGGAUCGGGUAGUUGUGACAGCGGCGGAUCGAAUAGUGUUUCUCCUGCAACGGCCAAGGUACACAGUAGUUCCGCUGCUGCUAAGCCUUCGCCGAAGAAUGGACCGUCGGCGGCCGAUGUCUCGCUCAGCAUGGAUGACACGGACGACGACGAUGACAGUGACUCCGAUGAAGAGUUUCCGCAUGCUGGUGAACCGGCAGACGAUACUUCCUCCACGGACGAAGGUGAAGAAGAUGCGUAUGGUGAGGAAGGCAGCGCCGAGGAGGAGGAAGAAGAACCAGAUGAGUAUGCCGAUUUGGGUGACUACAUCAAUGAGGAGGACGCCGAGUUCAUGAAAGCCAUCACCGACGAACCGGGAAAGGAUAGUGGAUGUACGGCGGUGGUGGCAUUGCUCCACGGAAAGGAACUUUACGUUGCCAAUGCUGGAGAUUCCCGAUGUGUCGUUUGCCGAAAUGGGAAGGCACAGGACAUGAGCUUCGAUCACAAGCCGGAAGAUACGAUUGAGUUCGAGCGGAUAGAAAAGGCGGGCGGACGUGUAACGCUCGAUGGACGAGUUAAUGGAGGGUUGAAUCUUUCGCGAGCAAUCGGUGACCAUGGUUACAAAAUGAACAAAUCGCUCCCACCCGAAGAACAGAUGAUAUCGGCACUACCGGAUAUUGAAAAGAUCACAAUUGGGCCAGAGGACGAUUUCAUGGUGCUGGCGUGUGAUGGCAUCUGGAACUUCCUAACCAGUGAGCAGGUCGUACAGUUUGUACAGGAACGAAUCAACAAACCCGGCAUGAAGCUGUCAAAAAUUUGCGAGGAGCUAUUUGACCAUUGCCUAGCACCGCACACGCGAGGAGAUGGUACAGGCUGCGACAACAUGACAGCCAUAAUUGUUCAAUUUAAGCCGAACUUCACCGGUGCCGCUUCCCGGAAACGUACCGCAUCGAACUUGAUGGCCGGAUCCGUCGACGAGAGCGAUGCGGACGCUGUAUCGUCCGCGACGAAAAAGGUAAAAACUGAUGUGACGGCUGCCAGCGGUGAUGAUGCAUCCUCGACAACCGAUGGCAGUAAUGGAGUGUCCGCUGGGAAGGAUGCAGACGCAACAGAAGAAACAGAGGCGGCCGCGGCUGUUGCUUCGAUCGCGGAUGAUGUAACACCCGCCGAUGUGGCCACCUCGGAAGCCGCUUCAUCUUCGACGUGAACUCGCCAGGGAUCAACUCGUGUUUAGUGCGUUGGUUCAAUGGUCGACCGAAGCAGAGAAUAGUGUUCCCAUCGUCGCCGGUUGGAGUGUCGGGAGUUUGUUUCCCGGGUGACCGUCUGGCACUGUUUAGUACAUAGUAAGUCGCAAUUCAUUUUCAUACGCCCAUCAUCUCCCGUUUAAGAGCAAAACUAAAGUCCCCAACGUAUGCAUGGACGUGAGAAGUUGCCUCAAUCACGAAGUACCCGGCGCAAGGAAGCGAAGAAAGAUCCCCACGGAAUCAACACGGAAGGUAUAAACCGGAAAGCAGCCCAGUAUAAAAUCUUUCGUCUUUCAACGAACAAAACCACUGCACAUCCCACUUAAAGGGCAUAAGGGGUUUUAAAGGCUUUUACCUCACAGGAUCACUACUCGAUUUGUAAUUUUCGAUCGACUUCAGUUCAGUAUUUCGUUACAAAAAGAAGCAAAUGGUAAAAUAGCGUUAUCAGCAAAUGCCGAACCAACGCGAGGGAAGAAAGUAGAAGGGUGUGUUAGUUUGUAAUUUCUUCCAAUAUGUUUUUUUUUUAAUUUAUCAAAACACAUCUGUUACAUGGUAGAGCGAUAAGGCAGGAUGAGAAAAACAAAUGGCGAAAGGUGUACGGUUCGGAACGAAUGUCGCCAUAUUGGGAAAAUCAUACCAUAAAGAAUACAAUACAUCUUUACUUGAUGGCGAUGGCGUCUCGGCGAUGAUUGCGUUUCCAUUGCAGAGUACGCAACAUUCCGCAAGCGCGUGAGUAACGCCGCAAAACCGGACAUAAUUGAAGCUAUUUUCAUCGUCUAUAUAGAUGUGGUUGAGUGUAAAUGGAUGAAGGAAGCACAUUAUAACCGUAAGCGUGACCGAAUUAAAGCAAGGCGGAACAAGGAACCCUAGUAAGAACAUAUAACUCCAUACAUUCGGGGAAGAAUUAAACAAAACUGUAACCUAGAGGAUGUGUUUUUAGCGAUCAAUCGAUGUGUGAAACGUGACGUCACUCACAGUCCCAUUUCGUUUAGAAUUAACAGACGGUAAAUAAACAUUCGGUAGAACGGAAAGGGGAGAACUACAGAAGUAAUACAACUUGCCGUUGUUGAAAUAAAUGAACCAUUAA